CAGAAGCAGCGUGUCUGUCUUUAGCUCGUCCUCCAACAUGGCGGCCACCAGGAGGUUGAAACGCGUGGCGUCUUCACAGCCAGGUUUUCUACAUUUCAAGUCAUUUUCAGACUCCACAGAGUCGGUCAGCAGUCGACGAAAACGUGUGAACAAGAAUAAGAAGAAGAACUGGAAUAAGCACAUCGACGUAAAUGACGUGGAUGAGUUUUUAGAGGACAUCCGGCACCAGGAGAGGACCACAGGGGGUUUGCUGUCUGAGAAAUCAGAUGACACUUUGUUCUUUGUGGAUGUUGGACAACCAGAGAAACCUGAGUCAAAGGCUGCAGAAUCUGAAGAGGGGAAGAAGAGAAAAGGGAAAACAUCUCAGCCUCUGAGGAUAGACCUGAUACUGCAGCAUGACUCCCUCAUUCCACCCCCUAAAGACGUGCUGGCCUACCAACAACCAAAUGCCAAGAAACUCCGUCGCAUUGCCCAGAAGGCCGAGCAGCUGGCCCGUAAAGGAGUGGUUCCCCGGAGGCAGAAGCGGCUGCUGAACAUGAGGCCAGUUGACAGAGUGGCAAAGAAAGCAAUGACGGAGGCCAACAACAACCCAGACAGAGAGUUUUAUGACAUAUGGGGACAAAAAAGCAAAGAUUCAGCCGACCCAUGGUACCUUCAACAGACUGGCAAGAAGCCUGUCAAGCGUCCAGAGAAGAUGAACGACAAACCGUCUGUUAUCCCUGCUGUGGAGGUGAUCGCCCCUGGAGGAUCCUACAACCCAGACUUCUUCUCCCACCAGGCUCUGCUGCAGGAGGCACAUGAGGUGGAGGUGAAGAAACAAAAGGAGGAAGACAAAGUAGAGAGACAGUUGGCGGUCAAUAAAGAAGACACAGCUACAAAGGAGACAAUCCUGAGAGAAGAGGUGCAGGGUCUGGUAGAAGAGGAUAAUGAAGACGACGAAAAAGCUAACGAGGAAGAGGAGGAUGUGGCAGUGGGGGGCAUUGCACUGUCACAGAAAAAAACUGAGAGGCAGCGGAAGAAAGAGAAGACGGAGAAAAUGAAGGAGCAGCAGCGGGCGUCUGACAAACGGCAGACGGACCUACAGCAGCAGCUCUUCCAGCUCCGCUCCAUCAAGGCGUCUCUCAAACAACAGGACCAGAAAACACAGAGCAGACAAACACAGCGCAAGGCAAAGCAGGAGGCCCAGAAAAGCCAGCCCAGACGUCUUGGCAGACUCAAGUUCCAGCCUCAGGACCUUGAGAUUCAGUUGAGUGACGAGCUGGCUGGCUCUCUGCGACAGCUCAAGCCAGAGGGCAGCGUCCUCAAGGACCGCUUCAAGAGUAUGCAGAAGAGGAACCUGAUAGAACCUCGAGAAAGAGCCAAGUUCAAGAGGAGGCACAAGCUGAAGUAUGUGGAGAAGAGGGCUUUCAGAGAGAUCACUUAGGACCAGAAUGUGACCCACAGACCACAGGAGCGGAGGAUCGUGGCAACAUUCAAAGCCACAAGUGCAACAUAAUGGAACGGUGUAUAUACAUGAAUGACUGCUGAUGACCUGUCUGUCCUUUUCUGACCAUCACGUCUUAUUACCAAAUAAAUGUCAACAACAAAUAUAA